UAUUGACAUAGAAUAUGACUCCAUUAAGGUAGCAUGUAAACGACACUGGGGUGUACAUACACUUUGUUUAUAUUCAAUAUUAAAAGAGUUAAUAAAUUCUCUAUUGGGGUAAGUUUCUAUGUGGAUUUUAAUAUAUAAUUCACAGAAUCCGUUCUACCUAUUGGGGCAAUCUGCCUUAUUAUAUUUUUUCGUGACACUAGUCACGGAGUUUAUCCAUGAUGAAUUUUUUCAACAUAUGACCCCAUAACUUAAACGACCAUAAUAUAAAGUAAGGAUAAUGUCGUCCGAAAGAUAAUGUCGCAGCUGCAACUGAAAAGAUAAGAAUAUGAAUUAAUCCUUGAGCAAACUUAGUCAAUAUGUGCGUCCCAUGAUAAUUUACCAUUUUUAUUUAUCUUCAUCCUCAAAAAAUUGGUAGAAGUUGCUUAUUCUAUACUUUUACCAUUUUCAAAAGAAAUACUUAUGUCAUAUAUCCCAUUUUUAGAAAAAAAAAACGUAUUAGACUUUUUUUGUAUGAAGCAUAUUAUGUUCCGUCCAGGUUACGAUAUUACGGACUAGAGCUUUGCAAUCUAUGUUAGAAGUUAUUUUGCUUAUUUGAAGGAUAAAAUUUGAAUCAUUGCAUAUAGUGCUGCAAAAAUAUUUUAUUUAGGGUAAGUCGUUAUUCAUAACAAAGAAUAAGGUUGAAGCAACUUGACUACUAGUACCUUGCGGAACUCCAACAUUGUUAAGUAGCACCAGUGAGUUUGCAUGUCUCAAACUUCAAAUUAUGUAAAAGAAUCUUAUGUUCUACUGUUCAAAGUAGAAACACUAUCAAACGCUCGGUUAAAGUCAAAAAGAUAACUAUAAGUUUAUUUUUUUUCUCUAAAGAAUUAAGUACAUAAUUUAUAUUCUGAUACAAUACGCUUUCUGUGUUUUUAUUUUUUACAAAACCAUGCUGAAAAGGGGUAAUUAUUUUAAAUAUAGGUGUAAUUUUUGAACACUUUAAUUUAUUUGGGAAACUCUAGAUUCGAUAAAUUUAUUAGAAAAUAAGGGUUUUUUGAUUUGUUGAUAACAUCGCUUUAAUACAAAACUCAAGGCGGAUCCAGAUAUAGGCGUAAAUUUUGUGGGAAUCAAAGAAAAUAAUGCGUGCUGUCGCCGUUUCUCGCAUCCUAGUUUCCAACGCUUGCGGCCAUGCGAUCAUAUGCAGUUAUGUGGUUGUAGAACUCUAUCUUCCAUUGCACAGUUUACUUCGUCUCUCCUAAUUGCUAUUUCAUUUAUGUUCCAUCACUUGUAAUACUUAAACCGAGAUAUUUAUAUUCAUAUUGUAUUUUCGAUUUGUGUCUCUUAGUUCUAAAUACCUUCCUUCACUUCCCACCACUACAUACCCUGUUUUUGAUGGGUUAAUUGAUAAACCCCAUUUUGUGUAUUCUUCAUCUAUUUUCCGCAACAUGUAGUGGAUAUCCUUAUCUUUUGCAAGUAUUACUUGGUCAUCCGUAAAAUGCAAGCUGUAGAGUUUAUGAUUUCCAAUUGGAAUACCCAGGUUCAUAUUUUUUUUUCCAGGUUUCCAAAACCGGCUCCAAAUAAAUCUUUUUAAACAAUGUAUAGGUGCAAUGCAGCAGCCUUGGCGAAGUCCUUUGGUUACCUUCUCCUCUGUCACUCUUUGUCUAUUCUUAUCAUACAUUACAUUCGAUACUGGUUGAUCUGUCAAAUGGUGGAUAUCCACCGAUCUACCAAUAAUUAGAUAAAAUGUUGGUUGAGCCCAAAUGAUAAAAUACGCUUAGUUUUCUACGUUUUUUUUUUCAGUAAAUUUUGGGAUGCGGAAGUCCCCUACUCACCUCUAUGGAUCCGCCUUAAAUAUUCCAUGGAUACGGAUCUUGAGUGUUUUGGCAAUCCUUGGAUAAGAGGUAAGUAGUAGCUCUUAUCCCGUAGCAAAUUCCGAGUAUUCAUGAGCCAGUCGUUUAGAAGAUCGACCAGUUGUUGACCACAAUUUCUUAAUCUAGUAAUUUUGGACGUGAUCCGGGCCUGGAGUUUUUCAGUUAUGUAGCUUUUUUAUGACGUUAGUAACUUCGUUAACUGAAGAUGGGAAAAAUGCCAUUUGAUUAUAUGCUUGACACUUUGCUCGUUCUUCAUCCAGCAAUUCAGUGGCAAGGUUGCAUUCACUAGGUGUUGUUAAUUGAUUGCCCCAGAACUCCUCGAGGUUUUCUUUAGUAGGUAAAUACUAAUGGCAGCAUUUGUUGGUUAAAGGGUGUCUAGACAUUGUUCCGGGGUAUAAUUUUCUGGGUCCUGCAGUAUAUCCUGUUGCGUCUGACGCAUUAUUUCUCCUACUCUUUCUUGUAUUUUUCUGGUUCUGAUACCUCCGAUGUAUUCCUUUAGCCGGCCGAUGUCUUUCCUAAUAUCUUUAAUCUUUUUUAGUAGUCUCCUUUCCCAUGGUGGUAUCGUCUAUCAUUAAGUGUAAUACUUUACUGCUAAUUUAUUAUUUUUAGUCCUAGGGUUUUAAUGACAGCGGUAGUCGCACAUUAGAUAAAGCUGUUCAAGUGUCGUAACUGAAAGAAUAUAAUCAGGUAUAAUUAUGUUGGCAGCAUUAAGAAGAAUAGCGAAUUUGCGGGAAGAGUUAACUCUAGCAAGAGCUGGUCUUGUUGAGGGGUUUGUGCCUUCAAACUCUGCCAUUGCCCUUCUAAACUUUGUUCUAAGUUUAGCAUGCCCUCCAUCAACAUGUUCAUUGUUCUGGUCUUCAUUUUGGGUUUCCUGAUUUAUUAUCAUUUCUGGUAAGGGUGCUUGGUCUAGGUUUUCUUCCGCUUCUGUUCUCUCGUGGUCGGCAUUUUCCUGCAAAUUGUCGCUUACUGUCUGUUGAUCAUUUAUUUCUGCUGCAAUUUCCCUUUUAAUAGAAUUAUUUCGGGUCUCUGGGAUCAAGUUGUUUCUAGAAAUGACGCUGUAUUAGUCAGCGACUCUCUGCUCAGUCACGUUCAUAUCUGGAUAUUGUCUGCAGAAUUCAACAUGGAGCUGUUGUCUAUUGCCAAUCAUCUGUUGCUCCAGAUUUGUUACCGUAAAGAAAAUGCGCAUUAUAGAUUCAUUCAUGGCAGAUGUCUAUUUUAAGCGCUUUCUCGGUAACCCUGCUUGAGUGACCACUGGCUGAGUUUCCUGUGCAGCACCUUCAGCAGGUAGGGUCCUGAUUGGUGUUUGGUGACCCUGUGAAACUUGGGGUUGUCGUGGAGCUGUGGUUCCUUGUAUGACAGGAGCCCGCCUCCUCAGCACCCUGCCACCGACGGUCCGUAUGCUGUCAUCUCCAGCGAUGGCUCCAGACAUGCCCUGGCGAUCCUUAGGCAGCAACCUUUCUCCGAGGGUUUGGUUGUUCUCCAUUUUCAUGGGUGUGUGCCACCAUUUAACCCUGGUGGCCCAGGUUGCCCUUUUAGUCGCCUUUUACGACAGGCAGAGCAUACCGGAGGACUAUUUUUUAACCCCUGUCCCCCACGGGGGUUAUUAUUAUUUCAAGGAAACGAAGAGAGAAACUGUUUUAAUUAUUUCUAGUUGGCUGAUCUAUAAUGCCAGACACUACGCGGCAUAUAGGUGAAUCCUGAGUUUUCAUUUCUAGUUCCCAUGUUGCGGUUAUUAAUUUGUAAUCGGAUGUUCCUAGUAGUGCGUGUAUGGUAAUAUUGCAUGAAUCAGGAUCCGUCGGGAGAAACAGAUCCAGGAGACUAGGAAAGUCUCCCUGUCUAUCAGAGAAUUUGGUUGGCUCCCGUAUUAGCUGCGUGAGGCUGUGAUUAAUCGCAAACUCCUCUGAUCGGCGCCCCUCGUCAUCAGUCCUUAGAAUACGUCAAUCAGUUGAUAUGUUAAAUAGAUCCUGAAAAUAUGCUACAUAUAUUUUACAUAUUGUAUGAAGAAGCAUCAACAUUAAAUUUGGCACUCAUUAAAUAAAUCUCACGGGUUUCCUAAACUUGGGACACCAUCUACAUUCUUAGUAAUUAUACGGCAGCAGUACGAGAAAUAAUUUAGAAUCUAAACCUUCUCCUAUACACUGAGUUGAAUAAAUGCCUACACAUUUUGAUAAACGUAUAAUCAACCUAAACAUAAUUUCAAUAAACGCAGUUAUACACAGUCCGAGACAUCUAAUAAAGUCGUUAAAAAUGUAUGUUACAUAUUCCUAAUAUUUUGCCUCCCUCUAUAAUUCGGCACCAACCUAACCCAUCAUUAAAGUAUAUGGAUUUUGAUGAAAAUCAUAAAUUCCAGCAAACAUUGGUCUCAAACAUGGAGGAAAAACCGAAAAAAAUUAAUUGUUGUAAUACAACUUUUCGAAUUUUGAUUCUUGGAAAAAUAUUUCCCAAAGAAGGAGAGGCAGACUCUUUUAAGUUUCUCAUACCGAUGUACACAAUUGGUCUUUUGAUUUUUUGUAAAUCUUUAUUUGUAAUUCUGUAUAUUAUUAUUGGAUUAAAAGGUAUAGUAAAUUACUCGAUUAUUACUAAAAGAAGUUCAUAAGAUAUUGGUUUUAGGAUAUUAUGAGAUAGAACAAAUAAAAUUUGGAAUAGUGGAGUUUGUUUCACUUGUAGGAACCAUGUGGGUCAUAUUCUUCCUUGUAAAAAAUCGUCAUAUACUGAUAGAGUUGGCUGAACGCAUUUCAGAUUUCAGCAAGUUUGGUGAACCUCCUGGGUAUAAAGAAUUUGAAACAAAAUGGAAUUUUUUUGCAAAGAUACACUUUGUAUAUGCUAGUGGAGCGGGCACUUUUGCCUUCCUAGUAUUCGCCCCGAUGCACGUUAUAAAAUGCAACUCAAUCAACAUCGAGAAAAACGCGACCGAAAUCUGCUCGAUGAUUUUCCCCAUUUACAUUCCGGGGGUGGGCUACCACUCCUUGAACAAUCUCCCUUCGAUAAUAAUCAUCGACAUCUUCGAAUAUGUUAUCUUAACGUAUGUACACGCGAUCACCGCCACCGUAAUGUUUUUAAAUUUGGAAAUAGUCGAGUAUCUAAGAAUAAAAAUCAGACACAUGAAUGCCUUGAUUUUAACCGCUUUUGAGGGUAAGCAUGUAAGUAAGAGGAGGAAGCAGUUUUCUGAAGCCGUGCAGUAUCAUAAUGAUAUUUUAAUUAUGAGUAAGUUAAUAAGAACCUUCUUUGGUAGGGAGUUAAUAUUGCACAUUAUUUUAACAGGAGCUAUUAUGGGAGUAUGUGCCUUUUUAAUGAUCCAGGAUAAUACUAUAGAGGUCAUUAUGAUCUUUAUCGGAUGGUUAUUUUGCAUUUUGAUGGGCUGCAUCUCCGGCCAAAGGUUAAUAGAUGAGAGUGAAACUAUUCCCAGAAUAAUGUAUAAUGUCGAUUGGUACGAUUUUGACAAGGAACUAAAGAAAAAUAUAAUAAUAUUUUUAAUAAAAACCCAGCAUCCAAUGUUUAUACAAGCCGGGCAUGUUAUAAUGAAUAACAAGCAAAUUGUUGAGAUCUUGAAGAUGGCGUACUCCUGCUACACCCUAUUUUUAGCAGCAUUUAACAAUAUUUGACAUUAUUUUCAAUACAAUUCUACACAAUACAAUAGUAAGGAAGACUAAAAACCUUUAAGCAAUAAAUGAAUACUGAAUUAAAUUAAAAA